AUGGACUUCGAAGCCGUGGAGCAGCGCAACGGCCGCAGCGGCAAGUCUCGGGCGCUGUGCCGGCAGGAGCUCGCGGCGCUGCUUCAGGGCGAGCUCGAGCGCCUGCGUGCCGAGCGCGACGCCCUGGCUGCCGAGCGCCAGGUGGUGCAGCACAUGGUGCCGCGUCGCGCGGCGUGCCGUUCGCUGGAGGCUCUCGCGGACCGGCUCUUCGCAUUGCCAUCGCAUGAGUUGGCGGAUCAUGAAGGCUGUUUGUCGACGCUGCUAUUGCCCUCAGACCGGCGGGAGCAGUGGCUGCGGAACAAUUUCCUGACGGCGUGGGAGCCGCAUCGGCGGGCCUGCGAUGCGGCCGAGACGUACACAGCGGCAAAGGUAAAGGUGCUUGGAAUCUGGGGGUUAUACAACCCGCAGUUGGCCAAGGACUGCAGGCCAGAAGCCGCCCACGCUGGCGACUGUGCUCCGGUGCCCGAGCUCGAGGCCGCCAUCUGGGGGCGCGCCGACCUCGAGGGCCCCGGCUCAACGAGCUGCGGUGGCUGCGUGGACAAAGACGAGGUUAUCAUCUUCAAGCUGAAGCAGGCGGUUCCUCAGAAUUUUGCUGUCUACGAGCACGAGUCGGGCGGGCUCCCCGCGGCGCCCGCGGCGGGCGCCGGCGCAGCAGGGGCCAGCAGCACCGCCAGCCUCCUGGGGUUUGCCGACGAACCCGAGCUGGACGACGUGAAGGACGAGGCCGUGCAGAUCGCGCCGGCUGGCGGCAGAAAGCGCAUGAAGCUGACCCAUGGCCACUUCUUUGACAACGAGGCGGCGUCAUCGGAGGAGGGCCAUUUGUGA